CACAGUCUCUCCGGAAUGGCCAACUAUUAUCGACGCAAGAAAGCCGACGCGGUGUUCCUCAACGCUAAACCCUUGAAUAGUGCUAAUGCUCAGGCAUAUUUGUACGGAGUUCGAAAGUACUCCAUUGGCUUGGCGGAGCGUUUGGAUGCGGAUUAUGAGGCUCCUCCUCUGGAUAGGAAAAAGAGCGCCGAGAGCACUGCAUCCAACAAUCCCGAGUUUACGCCGAGUGUUUUCUAUAGGAACAUAGCUCCUGUCAACUGGUUCUUAAGGAUUAUUGGUGUACUACCUAUCGUGAGACGUGGCCCUGCCCGGGCCAAGUUCGAAAUGAACUCCGCCUCCUUUACUUAUUCAGUGGUUUUCUUUGUGCUCUUGGCAUGCUACGUGGGAUAUGUGGCUAACAAUCGCAUCCAUAUCGUGAGAUCAUUGAGUGGACCCUUUGAGGAAGCGGUGAUUGCCUACUUGUUUCUGGUCAACAUCCUGCCCAUUAUGAUUAUACCCAUCUUAUGGUAUGAGGCCAGGAAAAUAGCUAAGCUCUUCAAUGAUUGGGAUGACUUCGAGGUGUUGUACUAUCAGAUUUCCGGGCAUAGUUUGCCUCUAAAGCUUCGACAGAAAGCUGUUUACAUAGCCACCGUGCUGCCGAUCCUCUCAGUUUUAUCGGUGGUCAUCACGCACAUUACCAUGUCGGAUUUGAACAUUAAUCAAGUGGUGCCAUAUUGCAUCCUGGAUAACUUAACUGCUAUGUUGGGUGCCUGGUGGUUCCUCAUUUGCGAGGCCAUGAGUAUUACGGCUCAUCUUUUGGCGGAGAGAUUCCAGAAGGCCUUGAAACACAUUGGACCUGCUGCCAUGGUGGCGGAUUAUCGCGUGUUGUGGCUUCGAUUGAGUAAACUAACCCGGGAUACAGGAAACGCCAUGUGCUACACCUUCGUCUUCAUGAGUCUCUACCUCUUCUUUAUCAUCACUCUAUCGAUUUAUGGACUAAUGUCCCAGCUCUCUGAAGGAUUUGGCAUCAAGGAUAUAGGACUUACUAUAACAGCUUUGUGGAACAUUGGACUACUUUUCUAUAUCUGCGAUGAGGCACAUUAUGCCUCGGUUAAUGUGCGAACUAAUUUCCAAAAGAAACUGCUGAUGGUGGAGCUGAACUGGAUGAACUCGGAUGCCCAGACGGAGAUAAAUAUGUUCUUAAGAGCCACCGAGAUGAAUCCAUCAACAAUCAAUUGCGGUGGCUUCUUCGACGUAAACAGAAGUCUCUUCAAAGGACUUUUAACCACAAUGGUCACCUAUCUGGUGGUUUUGCUACAGUUCCAGAUUAGUAUUCCCACAGAUAAGGGGAUUCUGAAGGGAGCUACUAAUAUCACCGUUGUGGAUUUUGUGAUGGACAACCUGGAUAAUGAUAUGAGUCUAAUGGGAAGCACCACGCCCAGCACCACCACUGUAGGAACCACACUGGCACCACCCAUUAUGAAGCAAAAAGGAAGGAAAGGUUAA